AUGCCCUCAUCGGAAGGGAUUCAAGGCGAGGCCGGCGUCGAGGGAGGGGGCCACACCCCCGUCGAUGGCUAUGAGGCCACCCUCACACGUCUCGGCGCCUUGAUGAAUAGUAAUAUCCGCCCUUUACGAUGCUACGGCACCACAUCCGAGGUGCGUGUGGAUCUUCUCUGUUUGGAUGAGCACGUCCUCGGUUUCGGGGCGAAGCUCUCGACGAAGGACCGCAGCGCCUGUGUGAGCGUGAAAGGGGAGUCGAAGCCGCGGAACCGAACGGCCUCCACUUCCUUCAGCGAGGACGAGGGGGAGGAAAGUUUGGAUUUGGCAGGGAGUCGGCACCAGUCCACCGGGUCCACCCAUAACUCCAAUUCGAACACGGUGCAUAGUCCGCCGCAGCUUCCGCAAGCGAUUCUCGAUGCUAUCGCGGUGCCGCCACCGCCGACGCACUGGGAAGGGGCGGGUAAUUUUUCGCUCAAUGAGGCCUUCGUAACAGUUCGCAGACGAACCACCUCAGCUGCGUGGGCUACGUGGUUCAAACACUUUCGCUAUACUCAUCGGGUCGAAUGCCCGGAUUGCCAUAUACCGCUGGGUUUUUAUUUCCAGCGUCAGGAACAACCCGAGACUGCCACGGUGGAGGCGACUCAAAAGGAAGAGGAAGAGGAAAACGCACCUAGGGGCGGACUCCCCACCUGCAAAGAGCCGUCCUCAAAGAAAGAAAAGAAGGAGCCUCAAUCAACAGCCCGCCCCUGCAAACCGCAACCGGGCUCCUGCAACGAGAACGAAAAUGAGGAAAAGAUCUCAGAGGACAAAAAAUCCGGCUUUCCAGACCGCUUCAUCGGACUAGAGCUCAAGCGCAUCUCCCAGCAACCUUGGGGACUUCGCAAUUUUCAAGAACGCUACGCCAAGUCACACAAUCUGGAAACCUUUCGGAGCCAAUUUCCCGAAGCCGAGGAACUUCAAAGUCUUUAUGGCCGCCUCACCGCACUGCGCACGCAGUCUGAACUCUAUAACAACCUCCUUGGUAAACAUAAAGAGCAAAAUGAUGUUCAGAGCGCCCUACUGCAGAGUCAGAAAUCGCGCAUGUCGACCUACGAAGACAAACUCAUCACUAUGCAGCAUAUCAUUACCACCCAACGCAUGCAGCUCGACAUGCAAACAAAGCAAGUUAAACAGCAAGAUGAUCUUUUGAGUAGCCAGCGGAAUCAGCUGAAUACGUUACGCCAGCAGAUGUUAGUCGAGAGCAUGUUGCUGUCUGAACAAAGCAAAACGAUUGAGUCCCAGCGCGAGCAGAUACUUGUAAUGAAAACACACCUGGGCAUCCAGAUGAUUCAAGAACGUCUGAACGCGCGGCGAUUGCAGCUAGAGAAGCAAAUACACAGUAGAGAGAACGGGGAAGCCGAGUCGUCUCGGACGGACGACGACGGUGCCCAGUCUUCCCGGCCAUCGGUGUUAGAACCCGACGCCAAGGAAAGCAGCUUUAUAGCCCUUCACAACCAUGACAACCACAUGGGAAGCGUGAAAAAUAGCAAUAACCACAGCCAAACAAUCUCGGAAUUUCAAAGCGGGCACCCAUCCGAGGUGCCCCAGCGGGGAGAGGUCCCCGCCCAGCCCACGCCGGAGGUCACCCCGCUAAGCCACCCCAACAGCGGCAGCGGGUAUAGGACGACCGGGGUCCCCUCCCAGCGGCGGUUCUAUCCAUCCCGGACUUCGCGCGUGCCCCUUGUGGGCCAUGCCAACUCCGGAUUAGCCGAGGCCAUCCCCACCCCCACGGGCGUCCCUCGCCAGGCUUAUCCAACCUCCUCCCAGGGCAUCGCCUGCGCCCCACGCCUCUCCAGCCCCUCCGGGGCGAAAGGGGAGCCCGAGAAGACCCCCCGCAGCCCCAUCCCGGCCUCUCGGCUUUCCAACUCACCCCACACCAGCGGGCUUGUGGAAAACGCGGGGGGGGAGUCCCUGGGGAGGGAUUGUGGAUUCCGCACGAUCCACCUCGCCCCACGGCGGUGUUCGCGGCUGCCCCCGGUUCAUCUACGCGGCGUCGUCUCCACCAGCGCGUCCGCGACCUCCGCGCGGGCGGUCCGAAGCAACUUCUCGCAGGAAGAGCAGACCACCUCGCGAAACCACUACACUCACGAGUCUUCCAGAAAUUAG